GCAGCUCUGGAAUUGGGCACUCACAUCUGACAGACGUGGCCCAUUUUGACAAACAUCUGCUGUGCCACAGGGCUUGGAGUGAGGCUGCUCCUUGCAGCCCAUCUGCAGGUCACACUAGUUAAGUUCAGCCAGAACAUUUUUGCUGUUUAUAAAAUAGUUAUAUUGCUAACAAACGCGUGAGAAGGGAUGGUGUUGUGCAUUUCAGUAAACCAGACAAGUGGAAGUGCUGACACUCACAUACUGCAAGAUUUCUUCAGGUAAUCUGACUGAAGCUCUGGCUGAUGGUGCUGCAGUGUGCUUUUCUGCACCGUUCUAACUUUUACAUGGAAGUUGUAGUCAGCCUUUAUACAAGCAAUGUGUGCUUUCUGAUAAAGCUUGUAGGUGCAGCUCUUGCAUAUUUCACCAGGAAUAAUGGGGAGAUCUCCUGAAAGCAUGGGCUCUUCUCAGUGGCCGGCCCAUAAUUUUAUGGCCAAACAAAUGCUAUCCUCCCAUCUCCUCUGCAGCAGAACUGCAUUCUGCGUUGAUGCAGAUAACCUCAGAAGUUGUUUGCUAUGUGUGUGGUAACUGCUGAGUCCCAGCCUGAGCACCUGGGAAAGGACCCGGUCGGCCUUGGGAGCACAGGUGAAGGCAGUUCAGCUGUAGUCCUCACUGAAGGCUGCCACUGGGAAAGGAUCUCCUUCUGGAGAUCUCUCCUUGGUGAAGCUUUCUCCUGUGAAUCUGGAAUCUUCUGAUACGGGAAUACAUAAUCCGUGUUCAGAGAGGAGUUUCAGCGGAAAACAGUUGGCAGAUUGUGAGGCGAUACAGUGACUUCGACUUGCUUAAUAAUAGCUUGCAGAUCUCAUCUCUAAGUCUACCUCUUCCUCCAAAAAAACUGAUUGGAAACAUGGAGCGUGAAUUCAUAGCAGAAAGACAGAAAGGACUGCAGGCCUAUCUCGAUGUGAUUACUUCCCAUCACAUACUGUCUAACUGUGAACUGGUAAAAAAGUUCUUGGAUCCAAACAGCUAUUCUGUAAACUACACUGAAAUUGCCUUACAGCAUGUUUCAAUGUUCUUCCGAUCAGAGCCAAAGUGGGAGGUAGUAGAACCAUUAAAAGAUAUAGGUUGGCGAAUACGUAAGAAAUAUUUUUUAAUGAAGGUAAAGAAUCAACCAAAGGAACGGCUGAUGUUAAGCUGGGCUGAUCUUGGCCCUGAUAAAUACUUGUCUGACAAAGACUUACAGUAUGCUGUGAAACUUCUUUCUUCCUGUUCUCAUCCCUAUAUUUACAAAGUCACUUUUGCCACCGCCAGUGAAUCUUCAGCACUGGUUAUUAGACCAUUCAAUGAAAAAGGGACGCUAAAGGACCUGAUUUAUAAGGCCAGACCAAAAGAUCCCUUCCUGAAGAAGUAUUGCAAUCCUAAGAAAAUUCAAGGUCUCGAACUUCAACAGAUAAAGACAUAUGGAAGACAGAUACUAGAGGUAUUGAAAUUCUUGCAUGAGAAGGGAUUUCCGUAUGGCCAUCUUCACUCUGGCAAUGUAGUGCUGGAUGGGGACACGUGCAAGUUGCUGGAUCUGGAAAAUUCCUUGUUGGGACUUCCAUCCUUUUAUCGAUCGUACUUUUCACAGUUUCGAAAAAUUAAUACUUUAGAAGGCAUUGAUGUACAUUGCUUUGGGCACUUACUGUAUGAAAUGACAUACGGAAGACCCCCAGAUACAAUUCCAGUAGACAGCUUCCCUCCUGCACCAUCAAUGUCUGUUGUGUCUGUGUUGGAAUCCAUUCUGACUUGUGAAGCUAUGAAGAAUGGCAUGCCAACUGUUUCACGGCUCUUACAGAUGCCAUUAUUCAGUGAUGUCCUGCUAACAAACUCUGAGAAACCACAGUUUAAGAUUCCUACGAAGCUAAAAGAAGCACUGAAAACGUCCAAGGAAUGCAUAGAAAAAAGAUUAACAGAAGAACAGAAAUUGAUUCACCAGCACAGAAGGCUGACAAGAGCUCAGUCUCAUCACGGCUCUGAAGAAGAAAAGAAGAAAAGGAAGAUCUUAGCAAGAAAGAAGUCAAAACGCUCUGCCUAUGAAAGUGCGGAAGAACACUCAGCAAAAUACAGCAACUCAAAUAACUCAGCAGGCUCUGGGGCGAGUUCCCCAUUAACAUCUCCAUCAUCCCCCACUCCGCCCUCUACAGCAGGAGCAUCAUCGAUACCCCCAGCACCACCACCGCCACCCCUGCCACCAGCAGCUCCUCCUCCAAAUACAGAGGUGCCAACACAGCCAAGCUCACAGCCUGCUGUCAGUGCGAGCCGAGGAGCCUUACUCAGCUCCAUUCAAAACUUUCAGAAAGGAACUCUGAAGAAAACACACACGUGUGACUACAGUGCUCCCAGGAUCAGCUGAGGCUGACGGUUACACCAGGAUUGAAUUCCCCCUCCCGCUCCUGUGCUGUCCAGGAACAAGGCCCUUCUGACCAGCAACUGAUUCACCAACGCAUACAGCAGCUAGUCAUGCAGUAGCUCCUUUUACCUCUGUUUCAGCUUUACACAAGUAGCAGCACUACCCCAUCUGCACUGCGUUGCCAUGCUAAGUACUCCAUUCUUUAUUUGGUUUCAAGGAUUUUGUUUUCUAGCUGCAGUUUCAGGUACAGCAACUUCUGCGUGGCUGAAUAAAACUGAGAAUAGGAAUGGCCACGAUCAAGGUGAAUUAAUGCAUUUUUUAGUUCUAUUCUUCUCACUUUUUUUUUGGUCAAAUUACAAGAAUCUACUUCUAACCUGCCCUUUUUCAACACUGGUCAUCCAGCAGUAACUCAUUUAACUUCCUGCACUGAAUCAGCAUAUUUUGUUUGAGAUAAUCCAAAAAGAACCCAGCCAAAACCAACCAACAAAACAACCCAUAAAACAUACUGCACAGGUGAGGGAACUGGAGAAUUAAAUCUUAUUCCCACCAUUUUUGCUGAUGGACUAAGAAUAGUGUCUCAGACUUGUUUAAAUGGACAUCCUACCUGCAACUCUAAGGGAAAGUGUUUUUUAAAUAAUAGUUGAAAUGGAAGUUAAUAGGGCACUGGGAUAUUAUUCAUGAUUUAGUUAAAUGCAAACUUACUUCAAGUUAAUUUUACAGCUUAUACUUUAUUGAAAGAUCAUUUUUCGAUUUGAUUAAAACCUUAAACAAAUUGCACUUUAAAGGAUUAUAGAUAAUCCAUUUUUUAAAAUUCAAGUACAUCCGUGUUUGUAACUAUGCAGAGAAUGUCUGUACAGUUUCAUGUAACCUGUGAUAUUCAGUCAUUUUUAUUAAAAUGUUAAUGGAGUUCCUCCA